AUGAGGCGGAUCCCUAAAGGAACCAGUCCAGGAUGCUACCUUUUAGGAUCUCUUGUUGUGCCGAAAAGCGAGUAUGGCAAGAAAGCUGAUACUGUUUCAGUCAUCUACCACCUAAUUCCUGCUCCCAACAAGUCGAAGAAUGGUGGAAAGGAGAAGGACAAAGACGGAGACAAAGAGAAGGACGUGAAAGACGAGUUUGCAGAGGCCUUGAGAGAUCUGAAGAUUCAGUGGAUGACGAAGUUGGACUCCAGCACCGUCUAUGAUGAGCUGGUGGACAACUUCUCAGACUUCCUUCCACUGCACGUGCAAAGACUGCACCAGCUGGACUCAGAGAAGGAGCGCGUGAAACGUCUCAAAGAGGUGGUGUCGGCAGCAGACAUCGUCAUCUCCCACAUCGAUCAAACCGCCUUGGCUGUUUACCUCAGCAUGAAGACGGACCCUCGACCAGAGGCCGCCUCUAUCAAGACGGACAUGGAGAAGCAGAAGUCAUCUCUUCUGGACGCCCUGUGCAGGAAAGGCUGCGCUCUGGCCGACCAGCUCCUGGUGCCCCCCACGGCGCAGGACGACGCCAACGCUACGGGACAAACGGCAGCGGAGGAAGCUGGAGAGCAGAUGUUCGUCAGUUCUGACGACGUCCUGCAGAACGUGGCGAAAACCCUCACAGAUACUUUCUGGGAGGUGCAGAAGUGGGCGGAGCUAACUGACUCCAAGGUUUUAAUGUUUUCAUACAAACACGCCGUGGCGAACAAGAUGUUCGGCCGAGCCUUAAAGUACGCCUCCAAGAUGGUCGAGGAGAAGCCGAGCAAAGAGAACAUGAAGAACUGCAUCCAGCUCAUGCGACACCUGGGAUGGACGCACUGCUCCGCCUUCAGCGAGAACUGGCUCCCAGUCAUGUACCCUGCAGACUACACACCGUUCUAGACAAAACACACACACGCGCACGCACGGUCGUACACAGCCCCGGAUAUCAUGCCCCUCAGGAACUCAUGGUCUGUGUGUCUGACCACAACCAGCUGCCUCCUGGGAGUUUUGUUUGAUUUUAUUUAUGUGUUUUAGCGCCAAAAUAAAAGUUUCUUUUACGGCGAGAUGGUUGUGAAGCCAAUCAAACCAGAGGUAACCUUCUUUAUUCCCUUGAGUCCCAACAACAACAAAAAUAUGACGAGUUAAAAUGUUUUAAAACA